AUGUCUUCCAUGAUUACGACUACGACAUGGGUUAAGCGCGGUGUCGCUGCCCAGUUCCCUACCAAAUAUCAGAUUGAUGAGGCUGAGAUGAGUCGUAUAUCUAAGCUUGCGCGCAUGCAACUUGAGGAUGCCAAGGAGGAUAUGAGCGCUGCCCAGGCUGGGACUGCAAAUGAUGAUGCUAUGGAGGAUGAUACCGAGGAGAAGUCUUCAACCAAGGGUGCCGAUUCAAAGGACGACGACGAUGUGUUGAAGGAAUUCGAUAUGGAUAACUACGACAAGGAGGAGGUUGAUGAGCAUGGCGAGCGUGCAACCAUGUUCGGCAAUGUUCAAUCUCUCGCAUACCACCAGCCCAACGAGGAAGAUCCGUACCUUGUGAUCCCCGAAGACGAGGAUGAUGAAGAACGCGAGGAGCUCCAGAUUAUGCCCCACGACAACCUUCUACUAGCUGGAAAGGUGGAGGACGAAGUUGCACACCUGGAGGUCUAUGUCUACGAAGACAAGGACGAGAACCUCUACGUACACCACGACAUCAUGUUGCCCGGUAUCCCUCUGUGCACCGAGUGGCUCGAUAUCCCCGUUGGCAAGAACCCCGAAGGUCGGACGCAAGGAAACUUUGUGGCCAUCGGAACCAUGGAGCCCGAUAUUGAGAUCUGGGACCUGGACGUCGUGGACUGCAUGUACCCCAACGCGAUUCUCGGCCAGGGCGGCCAGGACGCCGAGAAGGCCAAGAAGAAGCAAAAGAAGAAGGCCAAGGCCAACGACGAGUACCACAUCGACGCCGUCCUGGCGCUGGCCGCCAACCGUCAGCACCGCAACCUGCUUGCCUCCGCCUCGGCCGACAAGACCGUCAAGCUCUGGGAUCUCACCACCACCACCUGCGCCAAGUCCUACUCUAACCACAAGGACAAGGUCUGCUCACUAGACUGGCAUCCUACCGAGUCCACCAUCCUGCUGAGCGGCAGUUACGACCGCACCGUCGUCGCAGCUGAUAUGCGUGCGCCGGACGCCCAGGCCCGCUGGGGCGUUGACGCCGACGUCGAGGCCGUCCGCUGGGACCCUCACGACCCUAACUUCUUCUACGUGACCACCGACGGCGGCAUGGUUUACCGUUACGACAUGCGCAAUGUGCCCGCCACCCCCGCCGAGUCCAAGCCCGUCUGGUCUCUGCAGGCGCACGACUCCUCCGUUUCCUCCUUCGACAUCAACCGCACCAUCCCCGGCUUCCUGGUCACCGGCUCCACAGAUAAGCAGGUCAAGUUGUGGAAUGUCGAGAACGACAAGCCCAGCCUGGUCGUCACCCGCAAGCUCGAGGUCGGCAAGGUGUUCUCUACUUCCUUCGCUCCCGACCAGGAGGUCAGCUUCCGCCUGGCUGUUGCUGGUAGCAAGGGUAAUGUGCAGAUCUGGGAUGCUUCGACUAACGCCGCUGUGCGUCGCGCGUUUGUGUCUCGUCUGCCUGACUUGGCUGGUGAUGUCCAGGAGCGCACUAUUGGUAUCAAUCCUGGUAAUGAUGAUGAGUCUGAUGAUGAGGAAGAGGAGGGUGACGAGGAUGAGCACCGUGGUCGUGAUGGCUGGGAGUCGAUGGAUGAGGAUUAG